AUGUCGGGAGCAUCUCUAGCCGCAGACGUGUUCACAUCCGAGCCCUACUGGAGGGGGCGACCCGUGAGCGUGCCGCCGGGGGGAACAGCUUACGACGACGAGAGUCCGCGCAGCCAUCGUAGCAGCGGCGGAGGCAGCACCCGCCGACGGCGCUCCCCGGUGGGGUCAGGCAGCUGGGAAGCUCCGCUUCACUCCAUGAGUCCCAAGUCCCAGAAGCACGCGCAACAGUCGCCGCCGCGCGAUCAGCAGCAGCAGCAGCAGCAGGGAGCACAGCACGAAGGGGCGGGUUACCAUGGGCAUGGUUCGCAGGAGCAUGGUGGAGGGUUGAGCAUGAAUUCAGUGGCAGCAACCUCGUUCAUGGGGUCAUUGAGCUUUGUACAGGUCCAAAUGAUGGCGUUCAUUGUGGUGUUCACCAGCAGCGGUCUCGUGCCCCUAGAAGAGAUAUUCUUUGUCGUCUUUCUAACGAUCUACUCAUCCAUCCUCGCUACAUGGGCCUUCCCCCCAGUUUCCCGCUCAGCUCCCCCUAAGGUCUUCAGUGGAAGCAGGCUGUUCAAAGUGCAUGUGACCGCUGGGGCUGUGAUUGGGAUGUUCCUGCCACUUUCCUACGUUCUAGGAGGGUUUGCCAAGAAUGAUCAUAUGGCAGUGGAGUGCGUGACCCCUCACCUCUUCCUACUCUCCUGUCAAGUGCUCACAGAGAAUAUCAUCGUUGAUCUUACAUAUGUCUCCCUCCCAGUUCGUGCCCUCAUCCCAAUCAUGUACAACUGGCAUCGCCUUUCUCUGCUGGCUGAGUGGAAUCGUCGGCUCCUUCAGGUGGUUGCAGCAGCCACAUCAGCUGCUGUUUCUCAAUCUGCUGAUGGCGUGAGCAGUGGAGCAAUGAUACCUUCAGUGGGUGAUCUUUACCAUGGAGCGGGUCCAGCUGUUGCCAGCAGUGGGGUGGUUAUCAGGAGGGCAUUGAUUGGUGGGGGGUAUUGGCAGAUGUUUGGAAGGUACUUGGCCGUUGCCAAUCUUGUGUACUGGAGCCUGAACCUGUUUGGGUUCUUGCUCCCGGUGUUCCUGCCUCGUGCCUUCAAGCGGCAUUUUGAGAUGCAAGCUGCAGCAGCAACCGCUGCUUCACCACGCAAGUACAGCGACGCCAUCGCCGCGUCGUACAUCGUCUACCUCCGCGCGCUGCCGGCUGUUCUCAAUUACAACGGCGGUAUUGCCGGCUACCCGGCUACUUCGCCCUCCGCCACCCCCUCCACCCCGUCCUCCUCGUCCUUCUCGCCGUCACCGUCAUCGUCGCAAAUCGAUUCGUCAGUGUUCGACUUGACGUCGUUAAAACCGACCAGCCUCCUCGCGUCACCUAACAGCGACACGAGCAGCGCUGCCGCUGGCGCCGGCGGUAGCAGCAGCAAGACCACGAGCAGCAUCUCUGGCAGCAGCAGCAGCAGCAAGAGCAAAUCGAAACUACGCGGGGGGGCCGCGGUGCGGCGCGUGAGGCAGCGCCUGCGCAGCCGACUGCGCGCCAAUGUGCGCCUCGGCAGCGUCAAGGCGUUCGGGGACCUUUUGACAAGGCUACACCGUGACGUGGCAGAGUCCGUCAAGCUCCCGCUCUCCCGCAUUUUCCGGAGCUACACGUACACGAUGAACGCGUUCGGAGCGCGCUUGACUCCGAAGCAGGUGCACAAGCUGCGGCGACACGCGGCUGUCGCGAUGGUGCGACCCGAUAGGCUGGUGCAGCAGCGGACGGUGCACGUGCCGACGUUUCUGGAGCUGCCCGCGACGCUCUGGGGCAGCAAUGGCGGGCAGAAGAAGGCGGGCGAGGGGAUGAUAAUCGGAGUGGUCGACUCGGGGAUAUGGCCCGAGCACCCUUCGUUCGACGACGCGGGCUACGGCCCCAUCCCCGCGCGGUGGUCCGGGCUGUGCGUGAACACGAGCGACUUCAGCGGCGCGUGCAACCGCAAGGUGAUCGGCGCGCGCACGUACAGCGCGGGGCUCAAGACGGCGGACGUGCCCAUCGACUUCUCCGCCGAUUACGCGUCGCCGCGCGACAACAACGGCCAUGGCUCUUGGUGCUCCGGCGCCGCAGCGGGCAACGCGGGAAUCCAGGUGCGCAUUGGCGGAACCUCGUACGGGGCCGCGUCGGGCAUCGCGCCGCGCGCCCGCAUCGCGAUGUACAAGGCGAUGUGGAAGUUGGUGGGGUACGAGGGCGCCUCGGGCGCCAUGAGCGACGUGUACGCAGCCGUCGAUCAGGCCGUAUCGGACGGUGUGGAUGUGGUCUCGAUCUCCGUGGGCGGCGGGCUCGGGAGCUACUUUGAUGACGUCACGUUCGUGACGGCGGCCAAGGCGGGGGUGUUCGCGGCGCUAGCGGCGGGCAACCAGGGCAUGCCGCCGCUGUCGCCGUCCGUGUUCGCCACAAUCGACAACUACUCGCCCUUCUACCUCACCGUCGGCGCCAGUGGCACGGAUCGGCGGUACAUGGCAACGCUGUCGCUGGGGAACGGGGUGCAGCUGCAGGGGCUGAGCUGGGGCGGCACCAACAAGCAGAUGACCCUUGUUGACGGCUCCUCUGCUGUCAAGCCCUUCGCCAGCGCCACCAAGGCGCGCCUGUGCUACUCCACGUCGCUCACAGCCUCCAAGGUGGCGGGCAAGAUCCUGGUGUGCGCGCGGGGCGAGAACACGCUGGGGGACAAGCUGCAGGCGGCCACGGCCGCGGGCGCAGCAGCGCUGGUGAUCGCGAACGUGGCGGGAGGGGUGAACAACACGGUGUUCCUGCGCGCCGCCAUCCCGGUGAUUCAUCUGAACGCGACCGCGUCGGACGCGCUGCUGCGAUACAUCUCCACGGGCAGGGCCACAGCCCGUCUGUCUGCACCGUACGGAGUGGACAAUUUCCUCGCGCCCAUCAUUGCAGACUUCUCCUCCAGAGGACCCGUCACCAACCCCUCGCUGCCUCCCAGCCCCGGGAUCGCCACAAACGACAUCUUAAAGCCCGACGUGGUGGGCCCGGGAGCUGCCGCCCUGACCGUGCCGGCCGGCUCGUUGAAGCCGUCGCAGCUGGAGCCGCGCGUGGCCGUGCAUCACGGCGUGCCGUGCUCGACGACGCACCUCGCCUUCGACCCCCUGCAGCGACUGCUCGCCAUGGCCACGCGCGACGGGCGGUUCAAGGUGUAUGGGCGCGACGGCAUUGAAGUGCUCUUCACCUCGCCCUCUCGCGCCCACUGCAAGUUCCUUGAGUUCAUGGUCAACCGUGGUCUGCUAGUCCUGGUCAACACAGAGAACGACAUUGAGGUGUGGGACCUGUCGCGGAAGCAGCUGGGCGCGUCUCUCAAGUGGACGGCGGACGUCACUUCACUCGCGGUUGCCCCCAGCUCCCAUUUCAUCUACAUAGGCGACGACGAGGGGGCGAUGAGUGUGCUGGAGUAUACGCCGAAUGACAAGCCAGGCAGAGCAGCAAAAGGUGGCAGCGACGGCCCUGCAGGCGAACUCUCCAUCAAGCCCUACCGUGUGCCCAUCACUGCCACCCUCGGCCCCCUCAUCUCCUCGGGUGCGCUAGAUGCCCCGGCCCCCCUCAUUGCGAUUCUUCCUCAGCCGUCCGCGCCACACAACAGAGUGCUACUGGUGUAUUCAAACGGCCUGCUCGUGCUGUGGGACCUGCACUACCUGCAACCAGUGGCCAUCCGAGGAGGCACUCGCGCCCAACGCACCGCCUUCCUCGACGCCUCUGCUGCCGCCGCCGCCGCCGCGGUCGCUGCUGCAGCUGAAGCCGCCGCAGCAGAGGGGAAGAAAGGCAAGAAGGGCGGGAAGGGAGCGGGGGGAGCAGGGGGAGGAGGCGACGGGGGGAAGGGGGGCGGGGUGAUGGAUGAGCGGGAGAGGGAGCGGGCGUUAGAAGGGGAGGAUGUGGAAGGGAAGGAGGUGUGCAGCGUGUGCUGGGCAUGUCAGCAGGGGGCAGUGGCAGCAGUGGGGUAUACAGACGGAGACGUGGCCCUAUGGGGUUUUCCUGUACUAUCCAGCAGCAGCAGCACUGGUACCACUGGCAUCACUGGCCCAGCUGCUGCUGCAGCAGCAGGCGGUUCUGGCAGCAGCGGCGGCGGCGGUAGCGGAGGGGGAACCGGUGGCAAUGGUGGCGGGGGGGUAGGAGAGCCUAUACCAGCCGCGCUACUAGCAGAUACGCGGGCAGAGGUGCUGGGGAGGCCGCUGAGAAAGGUGUUUGUUGCAAGGGGCAAGGCGGAGCGGUUGCCUGUGACCAUCCUGAGGUGGUGCUGUGACAGUGACGCGUGGGGGAAGAAGGCCAGCAAGGGCGGAUAUGCGGGCGGCGGGCGGCUGUAUGUGUUUGGCGGCGAUGUGCUGGGCGCGCCUGAGACUGUCUAUGUGGUGGCGCUGGGCUCUCUCCCCUCAGGCCUGCCAGAGCUUUCAGGCACGAAGCUGCCGUGGUUCGGCCCUGUGGCAGACAUUCUAGUAGCUCCAGACGUGCCGGCCAAGCCGCGUCCCAAGGAGGCCGGCAAGAAGCCGGGAGCGGCACUCAUGGUGCUCACUAUCCCGGGGCAGGUGCAUCUUUAUGAUGAGUACGGGAUCGAGCUGUUCUUCUCUGGCCUCUCUGCUCCUCCUGCCGCUGCUGCUGCUGUGGCUGGAGCAGGAGCGCCGGCGGUGGCAGCAGCUGCUGCUGCUGAUAGUGGUGGUGGUGGGGGAGGGGGAGGAGCGGGAGGAGCAGGGUUCCCAUCGUCAGGGAGUGUGGGGGCGGUGCGGCUUCCAGAGCCGAUGCUGUUUGAGUGCCCCAACUCGGUCGCCACAGCAGCCAUCAUGACCAUUGCUGAGCCCCACUCCAUCGCUGCUCAAGUGCUGCUGCGGCUGCCCCGCUCCUCAGGCUCGCGCUGCCCAGCGCAUCUAUCGCACGGCACGGAGUGGCCAGUGGCAGGGGGAAGCAUGGCGGAGUCAACGGAGCUCAUAGCGGACCUGGGCCUCUGCCUCUUUGUGUCGGGCCACCACAAUGGCCUCGUGCAUAUCUCCGAUGUCUCCACGCCGCUCCUUGCGCCCCUCGUCUCCGCCAUACCCAUUGGCUUCCCAAUGGAGCCCUACGAGCCGGUGACAGCACUCGACUUCUGUCCAGCAUCCGGGCUGCUAGCAGUGGGGCACGGCGACGGGCUGGUGCAGCUGUUUGUGCUCAGCGCCACGCCCAGCCGCGUGUGGGUGUGGACGGUGCGAGAGGCCACGGAGGUGGACGCGCCUCUCAAGGCUGCGGAGGAUGGCACUGCCAUUGACGUUCAGGAUGGCUUCGUGUACAAGAAAGCGGCGGCGCAGGAGGCAGCGCCGGGCUUCCAGUGUGUGGCGCAGUUCAGAAUCCAUGCCAGUGCGAUCCGAGCCAUCGCCCUCGCCACCUCCAUUGCCCGCCUCGUUGUUGGAGACGACCGAGCAGGCGUGUCUCUCAUCGACCUCACCACCUUCAAGCUCGUCUUCCAGUACGUCAUGCCUCGCCCCUGGAACGCCCCUCCUCUCUCCAUCUCCUCCAUCUCCUUCGCACACCUCCCCUCCGCCUUUGCUUCUGCCAGCGCCAUGAGUCUGCUCACCCCUGGAACCUCUAGAAGCUCUGCCCCUAGCAUUCCUGGUCUCGGCACCGGCGACGGCAGCAACACGCCUGCUUCAUACUCCACCUCCACCCCUGGCCGUAGCGUCGACUCUACCACUUUCCCCGGGCUCCUCUCUCCCGUGUCGACCCCUUCGACGUCGUCGACUGGAGGGGGGGGCGGGGCGGGCGGGGGAGGGGGCGAGUGGGGGGGAGGAGGCGGGGGCGGGCACGGGGUGUUUGUAGGGGCGUCGGACUCGUCGUUUGUGGUGCUGGACGCUGCUACGGGGCAGCUGCUGCUGCGCGGCCCGGUGAAACUCCGGGAGGCUUCGCCUGCUGUGGCCAUGCUGCUGCUGGACGCGGACGGCUCUCCGCUACCCCGCCUCGCUGCUCCUGUACGCCUGGACCACGUUCGAUCCUCCCGCUCCUCCCGCAAGCGGCCGCUGCACGUGCCCCAGCAAGAGCAGCAGCAGAAGGAGGGGGGGGAGGCGGAGGCGGGUGAGGCGGAGGAGGGGGAGGAGCGGGAGGAGGGGGAAAAGGCGCAGAUUCCAGCUGAGGGAGAAGCGACUGCUGUUGCUGCGUCUCCUUCUGCAACCCCCCGUGAUUCAAGGCCUGAUGGGUUGGCAGCAGAGGGGGUGGAAAGCGGAGCAGAUGCAGUGGCGGGAGAAGCCGAUGGAGGGGAUGGUGAGGAGGGGAGGGGCGAGGCAGGGAAGGGGGGAGAGGAAAAAAUGGCAGAGGGAGGGGAAGCGGAUGGUAAUGGUGAUCGUGAUGCUAGUGAGAUUGUUUCUAAUGGCGCAACUGACAGCAGCAGCACGGCAAGCCAACCUCCUGAAAAACAACCUGAGAAUGCACCUGCUGAUGAAGACUCGAGCCAGCAGGAUAAAGCCCCUUCCGCACCACCCACCCCAUCCUCUGAUCUCCCUGCUACGUCCAACAACCCUGAUGAUUCUUCUGCCAUCGCUGCUGCAGAUACCCCUCAAGACUCUGCCUCCUCUCCCACUGCUUCAAACACCCCGUCAGAAGCAGACGGGGCAGACGGAGCAGCAGCAGCAGCAGCAGCACCACCAGCAGCACCAGCGCCGAAUCUGCUUCCUCUUCCGCCUGCUAAGGUUGCUGCUGCUGCAGCUGCGGCGGCAGCAGCUGCUAAGGCUGCUCUGCCGGCACCUCCUGGCCGGCAAAAGUGGCCGGGAGCUGUGGCGAGCCCAAGGGUUGGCAAAGGGGGAGGUUUGGCAGACAAGGAAAGCUCUACCCCUACUGCCGCCGGUCCUGGGGGGGCAGCAGGAGAGGGAGGAGUAGGGGGAGCGGCAGCGGCAGGGGCAGGCAAGUCGGGGAUUGGGUGGGGGCUCAAGAACCGUAUUGGUAUCCGAAUCAACGCCAAGGGAAGCUUGAGUUUCAGUGUCCACACGCAACCAGCAGGCGGCAAGGCAGGAGCAGGGAAGGCAGGCGCUCACGGAGUGGGUGAUGGUGGUGGCAGUGAUGGGUCUGGGUCAGGUGCAGGUGGAAUGGAGUCGCCUGCUGUUGCACCUAGCCCUGCUGCUGCUCCUGCUCCUGCUGCUGCUGCCGCUGCUGCUAUCCAGGCAGUGGACUCAAAGCCAACUCCAGUUGCUGCUGGUCGCGCCAAUGCCGAGCUGCAGCUAGAAGCAGCAUCAGCAGCAGGAGCAGGAGCAGGAGCAGGAGCAGAGGCAGAAGAAGUGGCGGUAGCGGCAGUGGAGGAGGAGGAGGAGGAGUUUGACCCGUAUGAGUCGCUGGAGGCACUGAGCAUACCCACAGUGGCGCCUGAGGUGCACUAUGUGCUGCUCGCUACCCGCAUGUGCCUCGCUCUUUGCGCUGCUGCCACCCUGCCACAGGGCCUGCCGGUGAGUCUGCUGAAGAAGGUGCGGGUGUUUGAGGAUGCAGAGGAGGGCGACAGGGAGGCCAGGUGGAUGGGGUCGUUUGGAGUCACACCCUUCUUUGCGCCCGGCCUCAUGCUCCUCUCCGCCAAGGGCUGUGUGGAAGUCAGAACGCUGCCUGAUCUAGCCCCUGUGGAAUCUGGGGGAAUGCUGUCAGAGUACCUAGGCUGGUCCUUCCAGCCCUCGCAGCUCAUGCCCACCACCACCGCCAUCUCUCUCGAUGCACGCAUUGCCCUUCUGGAGGGGGAGACGGAGAUGGUGCGCAUGUCCCUAUAUGCCUACGAGAACGCUCUUGGCCUGCCGGGAUCCCUCCCGCGCCUGCACGUGCCCACCAUUGCAUCCCCAGUCUCACAGCAUCAUCCAGCUUCAUCAGCAGCAGCAGCGGCAGCGGCAGCAGCAGGGGCAGAGAAAGGGGCUCAAAUCACAGCCAACAUUGCCAAGGCCAAGCUCAAGGGAUUCCUGGGGAACAUGAAGGCGAUGGGCAAGGCGCUGCUGCAGCUGCCAGCAGCACCAACCAUCCACACGUCCUCCGAGCUGCUGGCCCUCUUUGCCUCCGCGCCCUUCCCUCCCUCCGAUGCCCAAGACCUGCUCUUCUCCAAGCCUCAUGCAGAGGAACCUCCGGCUCCUUCACCCCACACGCCUCUGACAACAACCACAGGACUACCUGCCCUAGUCAUCGAGCCAAUGACAACUGGUCCCACGCCCACUCCUGGAAAAUCCGCACCCACAAGCCCGGCACCCGCUGCCGACACCGGCAUAUUCAGCCUCUUUGGAUUCGGCAAGGCAGCAGCAGGAGGAGGAGCAGGAGGGCAGGGGGAUGCGCCCCCGGUUGGCGGGUCGUGGCAGGAGAGGAAGCUGAGUGGGACCGCGGCUAUGCGAGCGGAUCUGAUGUCGGGUGGUGCACCGGCCAAAGCGAGAACGGCUGAUGAGAUCAGAGCGGCUUAUGGGUACCCCAAGAGGCAGCAGGGCACGGUAGGUGGUCGCUGGGAAGACAGUAAGAAAGAUGGCGGGGAGAGUUGGCAACCAGACCUGUGUGCGGUGUAG